AUGGACAUUAAAUCAAUAUUCCCAAUUAAACCGAUUAAUGAUUUAGAGGAUAUUGUUGCUGACUUCAAUAUUACCAAUCAUUUAUACGACUAUUAUACACAAAAACAACUAAAAAAUGAAGCAUGUCAUGCAUGUCCAGAAUUUAAAUCGACAAAUUGUACAAUUUUUAAUGAAAAUUUACGAUGUUUAAAACCGAAAAUAUGGUAUCAUCGUGGUGAUUAUUGUUUGCAUGCUAAAUUCGCAUGUAAUCACAAUCUUCAUGCUUUGCAAGGACGAUUGAUUGAUAAAAAUGGAUUGAAUGAUGAUUACGCAGAUCCAAGUGAAGAUGAUACAAAACAUGAAACAUAUGGUGUACAUCAAUUACAUCGAUUAGAUAAAUCGAUUGAAUAUUUUCCUAUACGUAAUCCUAAGCUAUUUAUACUUAAACGUUUACACUGUAUGAGUGAUAAAAGAUGGUACUAUCGAUCUAAUGAACCAGAUAUUAUUAUUCGAGUUGAUCAAAUUUUUUGUUUGUAUGUUUUAUAA